ACCAGGGGCCCAUACAACUUGCCGCCCCUGAGUAACCAUGAGCAGAGCUGUGCUUGCCAGAUUGUCUCCUGGGGUCUCGUUUUCUGAGAACUGAUUUGAGAAAACAACUCUGGUAAAUCAGCUCCAAGCUGUUUUCCUGUCAGUGGAGUCCACUGACCAAGUAACGGCCUCCUACAGCCCAUGGGCGUGACCCCAUAUAGAAAGUGAAAGGGAAACAGUUUAACUGUGUCAGAUAGAGUCUGAAACCAUGUAAACAUCUGACUUUUCCGUGAAAGCCCCACGGCUGCGGUGGACGGCGUACAGGCUGCAGGGACCAGCGGACUCUGAAGGAAGAAUACACGUUGGGUCUCCGAGCUGAAUCAGCAGCCCCAAGGUCAGACAGAGGGGAGAGCGUCUGGGAGUGGAACAAUGGCCGGGUCAGAUGACACCAUUGAGAUGCCGGCUCUGGGCCGCCCGUUCCAGCUGGGGAUGCUGUAUGACUGCCGCAAAGACUCGCUCAUCACAGGGAUCACGCUGUGGGGCCUGGAACAGCUUCUCAAGGAUGUAAACACAAAACCACAACCCUGGACUAACUAUGAGAUCAUCGCAUCUGACACCAUUGAAGACAAGGCCAGUGCCCUCAAUGUCACAGCAUCGCUGAAGGCCAGUUUCCUGGGGGGGUUGAUUGAAGUAAGUGGAUCUGCCAAAUACUUAAAUGACACCAAAAAAUCCAAACAACAGGCCAGAGUUACUCUCCAGUACUCUGCCACAACAAAGUUUGAGCACCUAACUAUGAGCCAUUUAGGACCAAAGAAUGUCUCUUAUCCUGCUGUAUUUGACCAAGGCACGGCCACCCAUGUGGUCACGGCUGUGCUGUACGGGGCUCAGGCUUUCUUCGUGUUUGAUCGGGAAGUUUCUUCUUCUGAGAAUGUACGUGAGAUAGAGGGAAAGCUCCAGAUUGCAAUUAAAAAGAUACCCCUGUUUUCCGUAGAAGGGGAAGGAGCUGUCAAAAUGGAUGACAAGGAAAAAUUAAAUGCUGAAAAUUUUAACUGCAAGUUCCAUGGUGAUUUUGCUCUUGAGAGAAAUCCAACUAAUUUCCAAGAUGCCAUGAAAAUUUAUUCCACCCUCCCCAAGCUGCUGGGUGCCAGCGGGGAGAAGGCCGUACCAGUGAGAGUCUGGCUGUACCCGCUGACCAAGCUGGAUUCCAGACCCUCCUGGGAAGCCUGUAACAGCUACUGUAGAUUCAUCAGCCAUCACGCUCACCUGGGAGAGUCCAACUGUGGUUGGAGAAGGAGUCAUUAUAAGUGA